CUACCAAAAAGGAACACCUAAAUAAUCCCGUCAAUACCCUUUCCACGUGGCAGUUUCCGGGUAGUCCAAAUCCCACGGAAUCCUUCCUGCCCCGGCGUUUAAUGGAUCGAAAGAAUUUCCGGCAGAGAAUAAGAUUUGUUGUACGAGCAAUUGAAUUUGAUAUUUCAGAAUUCAGACUUGUUCCAUGAAGAAGGAAGUAGUAUCCAGUCGAAACCGAGUUGGGGUUCGAUAAAGAAUUGUUUUUGGAUCCAAAACUUCAAGAAGAUCGCCGUGGCGGGAUGUGUUUGUGGCGGAAUCCCCAAUCCAUCGUCCCUCGCUAGGCAACAAGCCGGCGCCAGAUAAUCCACACAAACCCAGUACAAGAAGAAGCUUCCUUCGCAGGAACUUGGGCCGACUUUCAUUGAAGCCAUCCCCGCCUGCAGGAGCUUGCGGACUUUCCUUGAAGCCAAAGUAAGUAAUAAAGGCGCUUCCUUUGCUAGUGGGUAAAGGUAGAGACUGAAUAAAAGUUCAGAUCUUUGGGAGAGAAGAAGAGUGGUGGUUUGCAGGAAGCUGGUGGUGAAGCAGGCAAAAGGAAAUGGGGAUAUUGCAUGAAGAUGUUGUGUUGAUAAAUCAGGCUGAGAAGGCUGGUGAACCAACUGUGAUUACCGUGAAUUGUCCGGAUAAAACUGGGCUGGGUUGUGAUUUGUGCAGGGUUAUUCUCUUCUUUGGUCUCAGCAUUUCCAGAGGAGAUUUUCAAACGGAUGGGAAAUGGUGCUAUUUAGUGUUUUGGGUGGUGGGGAAGCCCAACACAAGGUGGAAUUUGUUGAAGAAGAGACUUUUGGAGGUGUGCCCUUCUUACUUCUCCACAUCAGGCAUCUACUACUAUCGGCCAGAAAAUCAGCAGCCUACCCCGCCAAAUGUUUUCCUCUUGAAGUUCUGGUGUUCUUGCGAUCGAAAGGGCCUUUUGCAUGAUGUUACCAAGGUUCUUUGCGACCUGGAGCUGACCAUUAAACGAGUGAAGGUAUCCACAGCCCCUGAUGGAAGAGUUAUGGACCUCUUUUUUGUCACUGAUGCCAGGGAACUUCUUCAUACCAAAAAGAGACAGGAAGAGACAUUCUGUCGUUUGAAAGAUGUAUUAGGCGAUGCAUUGAUGAGUUGUGAGAUUGAGAUGGCUGGAGCAGAAAUUAUUACAGCAUGUUCACAAGUGUCUUCAUUUCUUCCUUCUGCAAUCACGGAGGACAUGUUCAACUUAGAGCUCCCCGAUAGCAGACAGCGGAGUGGUUUUUUUGCUUCCACUCCCGUAUCUGUUACAGUGGACAACACACUCAGUCCCUCUCACACCCUUGUUCAGAUAUUCUGCAAGGAUCACAAAGGCCUCAUUUACGACAUUAUGAGAACCCUUAAGGACUAUAAUAUACAGAUUUCAUAUGGAAGAUUCUUUGCAAAUCCAAGAGGGAACUGUGAGGUCGACGUGUUCAUAAUGCAAGCGGAUGGGAAAAAGGUGGUUGACCCAAACAAACAGACGGCACUGUGCUCCCGUCUGAGAAUGGAGCUUCUGAACCCUCUUCGAGUAGCGGUGGUCAGUACUGGUCCUGACACAGAGCUUCUUGUGGCAAACCCUGUUGAACUCUCCGGCAGGGGAAGGCCUCUUGUCUUUCACGAUAUCACCUUGGCUCUCAAGAUGCUCAGUGCUUGCGCAUUCUCGGUGAAGAUCGGAAGGUACAUGAUUCAUGAUAGGGAGUGGGAAGUGUACAGAGUGCUGCUUGACGAAAGAGAGGAACGCCCAACUGUGCCAAGGAUGAAGAUCGAGGAAGGUGUGAAGAAAGUAUUGAUGGGUUGGGAAUAAGAUUGAAUUGAUCAUCUACUUAUUCCAGCCUUUGUAUAUAAAAAUACAUCUAGAUACAGCUUCUAUUUCCUUUUCCCUUGGCUUACUAACCACCACAUAUGUUCAUUUCAGUACUUGCAAAAAUGUAAAUCAUGGAUAUGAGAUAGAGAAAUAUGAAUGACAAAAGUAUCUGUACAUUAAAUUCCUGGCCUUUACCGG